CGCGAGCGGACACGAAGUACAGGCUGCGCAGCUGUCAAUUAUAUACAUGUUUGACGCACAUUACCGUAUGGCGUAUACGCGGCGAUUAGCGAUUAAAACAUGAUAUGACAUGAUAGAAUAGCCGAGAAAGAUGUGGGGAAACUAUUGGAAUGUCUACAAUGUGUUGUGUGUGUUGAUCACCCUCGUUCACGGACACGAUUUUCGGCACUUCGACGACACGGUCAUAUUCAAGAUCAACUGGCCCGGGAGGAGUGACGCAGAUUUACUGGAAUCUCACGCGAACGCGGAGCCGUAUUUCAUAACCACCGCCAACAACGAGCGGUACAAGUGCGUCAUCCCGGACGCGACCGAGCAGGAGCAUGAAUAUAGCGAGACGUAUGAUGGGCCAAAUCCAAUACAGCUACUCCAACCGAUAUUUGCUCAAAAUAGUUGCUCUUAUAGGCUAGAGUCAUACUGGACUUAUGAAUUGUGCCACGGUAGAUACGUACGGCAGUAUCAUGAAGACAGAGAAGGAAAAAAGAUUAAGAUGCAAGAAUAUUACCUCGGCACGCUGGACAAAGCGCAAAGGGCGAAACUCUCGGCCUAUUAUGAUGAACAGGCGAAGAAUCCAAACAGGAAGUUGUAUAUACCCAUCAAGAAGAUUGACGGGAUUAACAUGCCGUACGUCGAAAUCGAGAUGACUGACGGUACAAUGUGUGAUUUGAAUAACAGACCGAGAACUGUCAAGGUAUUGUACGUCUGUUAUAAACAUGGUAAACACGAUGUGUAUUCGCUGAAGGAAACCAUGUCCUGUGAAUAUGAAGCGAUUGUUCUAUCGCCAGUAUUGUGCAAUCAUCCUGAUUACAAACCACAAGACACUGGGGAGAAUCAAAUUACGUGUCAGCCUGUGGAUAAUGCACCAAAGAAACCAAAGUCGCUUAUGAUGAUGGAGCUAGAAAGUCUAAAAAUCCGACAGCAAGCGAGGGAUGGCGAGCCAAGAGUGAGAGUUGAGAUACAUCCACUAGAUGUCCCAGAUAAACAUGAUAAUAUCGAUGAAUCUAUCAGUGCAAUGCAAACUGAUCAGAAUAUUAGUCCUGCCGAAGUUAGUCCUGUCCAGAAUUUCCUCAGUGGAAAGAAUUGCCUGCACGGAGGGAACGGCUGGUGGAAGUACGAGUUUUGUUACGGGCGUUCUGUCGUUCAGUACCACAUAGAACGAGAUGGUACAAAGACGAUUGUCAAUCUUGGUAGAUUUGACAAACAGAAACAUUUGGAAUGGAUCGCCGCGCAUCCACAGAAGAAACCCAAACCAUUAGAAUUAAGGAAACACCUCUCACACUUUUACAGCGAUGGAAGUAGCUGUGAUAAGACUGGAACUUCUAGACAAACCGAAGUAAAAUUAAUAUGUGUGGAGAACCAUACUGCAAGUCCAUCUAGUGUAUCAUUAUUUUUAUUGGAACCAAAAACAUGUGAAUACGUUCUGGGAGUUGAAUCACCGUUAAUCUGUGAUAUCUUAGAAUAUGCCGAUGAAAAUGGACUUCUGAACGACAAGUUCGAAGCGAAUUUCGAUAAAUUGAAAUCUAUGGCCUUGCACGCAGAACAGGACAAUUUAGACGAACGAAUAGCUAACGGAGAUGAUUAAAAUAAUUGAUUUGUCUUCUUAAUGUCGGUUAAAAACCAUCA